AAAACUUAAAAAUUUCGAGUUUACUUUUGCAAUAGAACUGAAUGAUGAAAUGGCACAUUCAAUUUCCCCACUAUUUCCACAAUUAGAAUCUUUUAGUCUAAGAAUUUUUGGUCGAAACAAUUUCCCACAAUUCAUGUUAUCGUGGGCUCAAAUGCAGACACAACUCCGUGAAAUAGUUCUUUCUCUCGGUGAAGGACUUAAAGAUGAAUGCUUUAUUCCAAUUACACAAUAUUGUAAUAAAUUGGAAUCGGUCACUCUUUGGUGGUGCAGUGGUUUCACCGAUUUAGCGUUUCAAUCAUUAGCUUACAACAGAAACAUUGGCUUGAAACGUCUUCAAUUUUAUCAUGUUAAAGAUUUAACGGAUGUUGGUUUUUUGAGAGCUAUUGCUGAUAAUUGUCCAAGAUUGCAAGAACUUCAUUUGAUACAUUGCGAGAGCUUAACGAAAGAUUCUUUG